CAUUCACAUUCACAUUCACAUUCACAUUCACAUUCACUUCACAUACCAGUAAAAAAAAACACACAGACACACAUAUUCUAAUGAAUCACGCUGACAAAAGGGUGUACUGCGGAUUAGUUGAAUAAAACGGCACACACAUUUCCUGUUGAUUGAACACAGGCCAGUCCUCAUUCACAAGAAAAGCAAAUGUCGGCGACGAUUCGCAAUUUCGAAAAAAGGGAUCAAGAGGUGGUCCGCAGCUUGGUGCUCGAGGGCCUAGCUGAGCGUUGGGGCCCUGCAUUCGACCCCUCAUACAAUCAAGACAUUCUCGACAUUCACAGCUACUAUGUCGAACACCAUCGCGCCACCGUCGUAGUGCUCGAGGACUCUGAACACGGGAUCAUCGGUUGUGGGAUCCUGCUCCCCUUGCCAGCGGAGGACAUUUAUGGGACCUGGUGCUCUGAGCAAGCGUCGAGGACCGAGCAACUGACAGGACACAAACUCUGCAGGAUGAUGCGCCUAUCCGUGGCCAAGGACCACCGAGGCAAGGGAUAUGCCAAGAAGAUCAUCCAGCAUCUUAUCAAUGCGGCAAAGGAGCAAGGGUUCGAUCGAAUCUUAGUCGAGACAGAGACGCUUUGGACGAGUGCGGUGCAGAUCUACAGGGCCAUGGGGUUCCAGGUCGUGGAGGCGGGGGAGGAGAACAUACACUAUGAGUACGAACUUUGAGGAGCGUAUCGCGUAAGGAUACCCAGGCACAUCCCCCAUUAGGGUUUACCUGCCGCGGAAUGUUAUGUGCAAGUGCCAGGGGCGCCAUUUUGGUGGCAACUCACGGCUACGGACGAGCAAUUGACCAAUCACAGCGUGGGAGGAGUCUCCAUUGUUUUCACUGCGAAGCACAAAAAAAAAAUUGACGACGAAGUCACCUUGCAGCUCUGCAGUAUAAAAGGGACCCUCGUCUGGAUGAGACGAACAUUCCCUUUCGGGCCUCUUUCAUUCUCACUACAAUAAAUCGUUGCCUUCAAAACAACUCCCUUGUUCCUUGCUGCCUUUGUCUCCUUUUGUCACUCUUCCACCUUAUCAACAAUGGUCAAGAAGUACGUUCUCGUCUCCGGAGGUGUCAUCUCAGGCAUCGGCAAGGGCAUCAUUGCAUCCUCCACUGGUCUCCUGCUCAAGACCAUGGGUCUCAAGGUCACCUCGAUCAAGAU